AUGGAUGCGAUAUCGGAUUCGGUGUUUACUGACUUCACCACGGUGGAUGAGUUCAGCGACGAUCCAUCGCUUCUUACGGUGAUUCUCGAUAUAAGUCCCAAAGGUUGGUUCAAUAUUCGAUCGAAGGUUACGCUUAAUGAUGUCACCAAAUCUCUACUAGUCUUCUUGAAUGCCCAUUUAUCGUUGAAUAACUCGAAUCAGGUUGCAUUUAUUACUAGUUCGCCGCAAGGAUCCAGGUUUCUAUAUCCUAACCCAGAGAAAAACUACGAUGAAAGAAGCAAUGGUAGGGAACCUUCACCGGGAUUGAUAAAUAAAGGAAUGUAUAGACAAUUUAGAAUAGUUGAUGAAGCAGUUUUAAUUGAAUUAAAUGAAGAAAUAGAGAAAACGGCUGAUUCGAUCAGUUCAAAUAACGCCAAAUCCACAUUAUCUGGUGCAGUUAGUUUAGCAUUAACUUAUACAAAUAGAAUGCUUAACUUGGAUCAAUCAAUUACUACCACCACUGCGUCCGCUAUUAACUCCACCACUAAUAUGAAUAACAACUCUUCUACCUCUGUAACAAACUCGGCAUCAAACUCUUCCGUGACCGCUUCAGGUGGAUCCGGUAGUUUAACCCAAAUGAAACUGCGUAUAUUAAUCAUCUCAGCAAACGAUGAAGAUAAUAUAAAUUAUAUUCCAAUAAUGAAUACCAUUUUUGCUGCUCAGAAAAUGAAACUUUCAAUUGAUGUGGCCAAAUUAGGUGAAAAAGAUUCUUCCUACUUACAACAAGCUGCCGAUGCUACUUCGGGGGUUUAUCUACACAUCGAUCAACCUGAAGGUUUGAUUCAGACUUUAUGUACUGCAUUUUUCAUUGAACCUUCAAUCAGACCUUUAUUCAUCUUACCAACUAAUUCAAAUGUUAAUUAUAGAGCCAGUUGUUUUGUCACCGGGAAAUCUGUCGACUUGGGUUUGGUUUGUUCGGUUUGCUUAUGUAUCAUGAGUUUAAUUCCAAAAAAUGGUAAGUGUCCUACUUGUCAAAGUAAGUUUGAUGAAAAAAUUUUACAACAAUUGAGUAAACUUCCUCUGGUGGCUCCUAGAAAGAAAAGAAAAGUUGAUUCUUAA